UUUCAAAUGCUCAGGUGUAUAGAACAUUUAAAAUGUUUCAAUAAUUUAGUCGUAUUGACAAAAGGUCAUUAGUGCGGAACGUUUUUGUUCUUUUUGUACAUAUUACCUAUUCUUAUAUUUUUUUGAAACAAUGGAUCACAAAUGGAUUUCCCAAUCGAAUGGUAGCAUUCCCAACGAAGCCGUUGCAGCUGGUGUUGAUUCGGACGGCGAUACCAUUUACAUUGGUCGGGCAAGUCUCAACAAUGACUUGUUGCCCGCCAAGGUAAUACCCAACAAAGGCAAAGCUUACGUCAGCCACAGUGGCCAGGAGCACGAAGUCUCCAACUAUGAUGUCCUUUGUGGCCAUUUCUACGACUGGGCAGAUGACAGUGAUGGUAAUGUUCCGUCCACAGCCGUUAAAUCGGGUUUAACAUGUGACGGUGAGAUCCUCUACGUGGGCAGAGGCACUCACGAGGGUAGCUUGACCGUUGGCAAAAUUCAUCCUUCACAUGGUUGUCUCUACAUUCCGUAUGGAGACUCGGAAGUAAAAUUGACGUCGUACGAGGUCCUUGUACAGCCGGAGCAGUGGAUUGAUGCAACACCUGGCAACAUACCCCGCGGUGCAGUCAUCGCUGGAGCCGAUUUCGAUGGUGAUACCAUCUAUGUGGGUCGUCUACGCCAUGGUGGUGAUUUGUUGCCAGCUAAAGUUAUUCCAUCCAAAGACGGUGCUUAUGUCUGCUUUGGUGGCGAAGAGGUUAAGAGCGACACUUUCCAAAUGCUUGUUGGCGCUGGUUUUGCUUGGGCAACUUGCAAUGGGGGAAAUGUUGUACCAAAUGCAGUUCCCUCGGGGAAUACCAGUGAUGGAGAAACCCUGUACAUUGGACGUGGUCAUCACAAUGGCAGCUUGAGCGUGGGUAAAGUUCAUCCAUCCCACGGAUGUUUGUAUCUGCCGUAUGGUGGAGAGGAAGUUAAGCUGGACCAUUACGAAGUACUUGUUCGUAUAUAGGAUAUAUUCAUGUGUGUGAGAGGGGGUUUAAUGUUCAAAUAAAAGGAAAGACGAUAUCUUCUCGGUUAUAUG